GGGCGGAGGGGGGUGGUGCGUUUGACCGGGAAGCGAGAAUGCGUGAUGAGUUGUUAGGUGGCUUGCGCUACAAAAGGAGGAGUGGUGGUGCUGGGGUAGGCCCUUUUUUGUUUUUGCAUGUUUUUGGAGCGGCUGGAUGAGUGGGUGGGUGGGUUGGUUGCACCAGUUUUCUCAAGACUUGUGAGUGCGCGUAGUCAAAUAGAACAGCUCCGGUAAAAAAAAAAUGUUGCACCCUUUUUCGUCAUACAGCCUGUGCGGAUGAACCCCAUUUCUUUGAAGGUUGAGAUUAAUCGCAGGCAGCAUUUUUUUUUGAGCGGCUACUUCACUGCCGUUUAGCGCAGGCUUGUGACUCGAGCAACCGCUCUCAAAAGGCAUUUAGUGCUUUACAGCUCCAUUACGGUAUUGCCCCUUAAACUUCACGGUUCAAUGUUCGAUAGUUUCGGUUCGGUCCACGUUUUGCAGCCCGCGACUUUUUUUCCGAGCUUAGCGCGGGUACGGAUGAGUGACGUGCGAAGUCAAGUCGGAGGAGGAAGAGCUGUGGCGUGAGCUAGGCGUUGGCUGCACCUUCCCCUCCUGCUGCGGUCUUGAGAAAAAAAAACCCGGGGUGGAUUAUUUGUGCUUCAAGCUUGAAAAGGAAUGCGAGUCCUGCAUGCAGUUGCAUUUUCCUCUUGGAGGAGGGGCGUUGAGGCCUGCGUGGGAGAUGUCCCUGCACCCGGGGUCGGACUACACUCGCUCGAGCCACGCCGUGGGCCGCAGAGGAAGAUGAGAGACCUGGGCCCUGAUUGGACUAGUGUCGCCAUCGCGUCCGUCCCCGCAAUGUGACCCACUCCAUCGCAGCACGGGAACGGGGGGGAGAGAAGACCCCAAAUACGCACAGAGACACGCUCACAAGUGGGAAGACGGAUAUAUAUCGAAGUCCCUCCAAAUACAAUGCAGGUUUGGUUGGCGGUAAGGCCUGACAACCUCCAUAAAAAUAGAGCGAUAGUUUAAUACAUUUUGCGGUGUUAUUUUUCGACAGUGAAAUACUACAAGUGGCAAUUCACGAGACGCACUCGAGCUUUCAUGUCUCAGGGACCCGACGUUUGGUUUUGUCAUUGAUUCGGAGCAACGGCAGUGUCGACAAAAAACCGCCCCCGACGCGAUUAUUCCUCUUGCACAUUCCUGAUGACGCUGUGCCCACACUCACCCCCGAUCACCGUAGCCGUUUAGUUCCUCCCAUGCGUUUUAUUUAUUUGACCUGAGCCAAAUUGCGGUUACCGCGGCUGGGAGCGCACGAGCGAGACAUGGAGGAGCACUCGCGGGAUGGCGGGAAGCCUCCAGGCGCCCCACACUCGCACCUGUAUGGCAGCGCGUUCGCCGUCGACGCCGCCGCCAACGCUGCCGGCGUCGCCACCGAGGCGCAAGUGGCGGGCGCGGCGGUCGGAGUGUCGGGUCCCGCAGGCAAGCAGCCAUCCGCCCUCCAGCCGCCGCUGCUGCCGCCACACCGAGGCACCGGUAUAGACCCGCCGCCACGACCGGCGAGCCUCCCGCACACCGUCAACCAUGGGGGCCAGGCAGCGGCGCCAGCGGACGCCGGCAUGUCGUUGGGCGAGUGGCCCAACAGCGUGGGCGCCUACGUGGGCUACGUGGGCAUGCAGUACGGCGGAUACGGUGUGGAGCAGCAGCAGGGCACUGUGCAUGAGCGGCAGCAGCAACCACAACAACAGCAGCCACAAAAGCAGCAGCAGGUGCAGCAACAGCAGCAGCAGCAACAGCAGCAGCAGCAGAGGGCGGCAUCUGGAGCCUUGCAUGACUUGAACUCCUUCACGCAGACAUUUGCGCAGAGAUUGCAACCGCCACCCUCUCAAGUGCAGCAGCAGCAGCAGCAACAACAACAACAGGCCACCCUCCAGGGCAGCACUCUGAGACACCUUUUGGUGGUAAAACCUGAACAGCCCACACAAGUGAGCACUCAGCAGCAACAGCAGCAAAUUCAGAUAGAGAUGCAGCAACGGCAAUUGCUGCAGCGGCAGCAGCAGCAAAUGCAGCAGCAGGAGCAGCAGCAGCAACAGCAGCAGCAGCAGCAACAGCAGCAGCAGCAACAGCAGCAGCAGCAACAACGUUUACAAGAGCAAAUGCAGCAGCAGCAACAUCUGGCCGGGCUGUAUCUGCUACAACAGCAGUUGAGGAACAGCAACUUGCAAGUGCAACAGACUGCUGACAUGCAGCCACAGCUGCAGUCACAUGCCAUGCAACAGCAACAGCAGCAGCAACAACAGCAAGGCAUGUCUUUGUCGCAACAGCAGUUGCAUCAGCUACAACUGCAACAGCAAUUUAAGCACAACCCGAUUAACCAAAAACAUCCGUACCAAAUCCAGUUAAUGCAGCAGCAACAGAUACAACUACAGCUGCAGCAACAGCAUCUGCAGCAACAGCAGCUGCAACAACAGCAGCUACAGCAACAGCUGCAGCAGCAAGAGCAGCAACAGCAUUUGCAGUUGCAGCACAGCGGCAACAGACUGGCGCAGCUGACUGAUGGAACGCAGCAGGCGGUGCUCGCAGGGGCCACAGCAGCAGCAGCUUUGGCGCAGCAGCAGGCACGGGAACAGCAGCAGCAGGCGGUGGUGACGGUGAUCGGAGCUGGCCUUCCUGUUGGAAUGGCUGCACUGGGGCCCCAGCCACCCACGCACAGCAGCGAGCAACGGCCGGUGCCAGCAAGUAUGCAGGCAGACAAGCCAGCAAGUGAGCCAUGCCCACCAGAGCUAUCCCAACAUGCCUUGGAGCACUCAAUGACCACUCCGUUGUCGGGAAGCCUGGAUGCCGACGUUCGAUCUGAGGACGUGCCCUUUUUCCGGGACCCGGACGAGCAGCAGGGCGAUCCGGCACCGUUCGUCAUGCCCGUGUCGGUGCCCGUGUCGUCGGUGCCUGUGCGCCCGCUGUCCGGCGAGGGUGUUGCGCCGGAUGACCGCAUGCCUGUGCUGCAGCGCGUCUCCGAGGCGGGCCCCGCCAAGACUCCGCCGCCUCCCACGCUCGCCCCGCCGACCCUGCCGGCCGUGACGCCGCCCACGGUCCUCGCGGACACGCCGCACCGUCCAUCGUCGCGGCAAGAGGUCACACGCAAGCACUCUGUGCCGGGCAAGUGGAAGUACCGGCAUCGCCCCGACCCGCUCAUCAUCCCUCCGCCGGGACCCCUGCUGGUGUCGCAGUCCUACCCGGGUGCCACACUCUACCAGAGCCAGCUGCGAUCGCCGCGCGCGCUGGCGGCCGACGCCGCGGUGCCGCCCUACACACCGCCGCCCAUGCUCAGCCCCAUCCGCCACGGCACGGGCCUCUACUUCAGCACGGUGCUGUCGGCGGCCGGGGCUCCGGCCAGCGGCGCCGCCACGCCAGCGUUCACCACGCCGCGCACGCUGCUCAACCGCACCGUGAGUGCAGAGACAAGCAGUGCGGUCACAUCUGCAGGGGAAGAGAUGCAGAUUGAGCCUCAUAUAAACAUCGGGCCCGCGUUCCAGGCCGACAUCCCCCAUCUUCGUGAUAAGCGGCUCGUGGAGAAGGACAAGCACCCCGCCCACAUGGUGUGGCAGCCGUGGCCCGACCUCGCCAAGCCCGACACGAUGGCCCAAGUGGAGCAGGUGCUGAACCUCGCGUGCUCCAGCGCCCUGCCAGGUGGUGGGACCAAUCGCGAGCUGGCGCUGCACUGCCUACACCGCACCCGUGGAGAUGUCAUGGCUGCAAUGGAACUUCUCCUGCUGCGCGGCCCCACUCUGCCUCCCUCUGACCCUCUCUCCAACUACCACUACGCUGGGUCGGACAACUGGACGCCACUGGAGAAGAAGCUCUUUUACAAGGCAAUCGCUGCUCACAACAAGGACUUCAUCCUGGUGCACAAGAAGAUUAAGAACAAGACGGUGGCACAGUGCGUCGAGUACUACUACACCUGGAAGAAGGUGAUCAAGUUCCGACGACACCACACGCGGCUCUGCGGCAUGCGCCCCGGCGACCUGGACGAGCUGGAGAGCAGCGGCUACGACCCUGGGCGGUCCUCGUCCCCCUCUCCGUCGCUGUCCUCUCCCACGUCGUCGUCGUCGGUGAUGGAAGAGGAGGAGGAGGAAGGGGAGGUGAUGGCUUCGCACCGGGGCUCCCGGUCCUCGGUGGCCGCAAACCCUCUGCCGCCGCCUCCCCCUCCUGCCGCUGCCGCCACGACGUUCACCUGCGACGUGCCACGCUGUGGGGCGAUCUUUCCAUCCAAGCAGGCGCUCAACGGCCACGCUCGUGUGCACGGUGGCAUCGACCUGGCGUUCCGCACCGGCCUCGCCAAACCCGGGCCGCCCGCCAUACCGCCACCCCCUCCCUUCCGUGGGCCCCUAAUACGGCUGCCCAACCCAGCACCACCGCAGCCGCCGGCCCCGGCAGAACGGGCCCAGCACCCCACGCCCGUGCCCCCCUCCAACACCGUGCCCCCCUCGGCAACGGCGCAGCCCCGGCUAUCCCCCGUACACGCGGCCACGCACCUUGGUGGGCCCAGGCUACCGACCUUGAUGCAGCACCAGCAGCAGCAGCACCAGCAGCACCAGCAGCAGAAGCAGCAGCAGCAACAGCAGCAGCAACAGCAGCAGCACGUGGCGAUGACGGUGACAGUGAGGGCUCCCCGGCCUCCCGCGCCGUCCGUCGCGUACACGGGGCCUCGCACCAAGACCUCGUCGUCGAACCGCACCAAGGCGUCGAUGGCCGUGUGUCACUACGACGAGGACGGCACGGAGAUCUUCCCCUGCAAGGAGUGCGGCAAGGUGUUCACCAAGGUGAAGAGCCGCAACGCGCACAUGAAGUCGCACCGCCAGCAGGAGGAGCAGCAGCGACAGGCGGCUCGCAAGGCGACGGCCACCGCACAGGCGGCGAUCGCGGCGGCGGCGGCGGCGGCGGCGGCGGCGGCAACAGCCGCCCACCCGCCGUCUUCGGCAAGCAGCGUGCACGCCGGCAACGCUCAUCCGCCCGCCGAAUCCAGGAACAUUGGCACGAUCGCAGCAACGGCAGCAGCUGGCGCGGUCGGAGUCGUCUCCGUGCAGCCCCCGUUGCAGCAGCGGCCGCCUCCGUCACUCGCGAGCGUCCACGCGCCAAACGCUCGGCCACACAACGCCACCGCCAACUCGUGCGCCAACGCGCACACGGCUGCCCCCGUGCCCCCCUACUUGGGUGGAGCCGGCGGCGGCAAGAACAGCAGCGGCGCGAUAGAUGGCGUUGGUAACACGCGCAUCGACGGUGGUGGCGUCGUCGUCGGCACCCAGCAGCAGGCUUCGAUUGUCUUGGUGCCGAGUGCGCAGGGAGGAGCCGCUGUUCACCCGGACACGUGGUGUGACGAAGAGAUAGACAUGGUCUUCAUCGACUCCGACCUUGUCAUCGACGAGCAAAUGUGAGGCCGCGGGAAUUAACGAACAAGCCCUGGAGGUUCGUGUGGAUGAGCGCCAAGAGGGAGAAUGGGACAGAUGGGGUUCAGGAGAUGGGCAGAUCUGAGUAAGUUUGUGAAUGAACAGCAUGGGCAAUGUGGACGCUUCUAUCUGCUGUUGCCAACUUUACCCCUCUUAUCCUGUGCACCAUUCUGCCAGCACCUAGUGAAACGUAUCGGCCUCGUGGCGGUUGUGUCAGAGUGAUCAGUGCAUUCUUCUCCAUAUUCACUUAGUGCUUCCCCAACCACAGGCCUGUUGGAGCAAUAUGAAGCGUGGGCAAUUACACAGUGCUUUAUUUACCUGGGCUCAACAUUGAUGUGCCAUCCAGCAGGGCCUGCCUCCAGCCAUCUAUUUUAACUCCGUGUUGAACGUACACACUGUCUAUAUCCAGUACCCAUUAGGUAAUUUAGUUUGCAAAGUGUUCGCACACUGAAAGGUUCGUUGAGGUGGGCCCCACCACCCACCCUGUUGGCAGUCUUGAGCCAGUGCUAUAAGUUCCAUGUCCUUGUAGCUGUGGAUAAUCUCAAUGUAGAACAGCUGCUUUUUGCCGACUUCCCACAGAGUGUUACUCGUUUUAUGGACCCAGGGUGAUGUUUGACGGUGUUCAGAGUCAAAUCUGUCAACCGUGAUCUCAACUAGUGUCACUAUAACUGCGAGUGGAACACUCGAAUCGCCACGCCAUGCAGCCAGGGAAAGCGGUUUAAAGUUACCACCACGUCGCCCUGCACAAAUCAGUGGUGGAGCUGCACUCAUGUUCAUUGGUACCCCAGGGCCAGUAGUGGAAAUUUUUACAAUCCUACGAAAGCAUCAAACAAGCCCCCCCAAAGGGAGGAAAUACAACCAAAAGUACAUAGCCUGCUCAGAUGGAACGAUCAGCAUGCAUUUGCUCAUUGGGACAACGUCCUACAGAAGUGGAGAGGAUAUGUUAUCUCUCUCCCCUGGUACGCAGGAGGCCGUGAGUUCGAACCCGACCCUGACGAUGCCUAUAAAUUUGAGUUUGCGUGUUCUCUCCCCAUGGUCGUGUGGAUUUUUUCCGGGUUCCUUCGGUUUUGCCCUCCACUU